UUGGCGAUGGCGCUGGUUUCUAUUUAACGCUCUGAGUUGCCACCCGCCUUCAUUCUGUUGAUUCGGGGUGUAGGUUUCGCUUCGUGGGGUUCUUUUUCAUUUCCUUCAGUCGCACGCCAGCCGUCAAGCUCCGCCUCGUCGCCAAUUCCGUCCAACUUCGCACUGGUGGGUCUUGCAUCUCCUGCCACUCCCACGCGUAUCUCUCUCUCUCUCUCUUUCCAAAUCUUACCAGCGAGGCAAGUAUAUCCGAACUGCAGUCAUGUCCGAACAAAGCGACGUUAGCCAUUCCAGCGAAUCCGUGAUGGACUCGGUGAUUGAUCAGGUUGGAAAAAUGCCCGCUUCGCAACCGGCGCCCUCAUCAGGGUAUGGGCCGGGAAAUCGCUUCUUGACCAAGGACAAGAAUGUGCACCAAAUACUGGGUGGGGGUCGAGCUGCCGAUGCUUUCUUGUGGAAGGACAGAAACCUGUCUGCUAUCAUCUUGGGCGGAUCCACCCUGGUGUGGUUUCUUCUGGAGAAGUCAGGAUACACGUUCCUCACGCUUUUGUCCAACAUCCUUAUGUUCUCGGUCAUCAUCCUCUUCGUCUGGGCUAACGUCGCAGCUCUCUUGAACCGUGCGGGUCCUCCAGUCCCUGAACUUUCUCUUUCCGAAGACUUCGUAUUGAGAACAGCUAGCACUGUCCGCGUUGAGCUCAACAAGGCUCUGAGCAUAGCUAGGGACGUUGCCUUGGGCAAGGACUUCAAGCUCUUCCUCAAGAUGGUGGUGUUGCUGUGGGUAGUUUCGACCGUCACCUCGUGGUUUAACUUCCUUACUUGCAUCUGGAUCGGUGUUGUAUUGUUGCACGUUGUCCCCUUCGUCUACGACAAGUAUGAGGAUAUCAUUGAUCUUCACGCUGCGAAGGCAGUUGAUGCUGCUAACAUUCAUUACAAGAAGUUGGACGAUGCCGUUCUGCGGAAAAUCCCUAGAGCUCCUGCCAAGGAGAAGAAGGUGCUUUAGAUGUGGAAGUGAUCUGUCCACUUAAGGGAGUGUUUUGAUUUUCUAGUCGUUGAAGGGUCUGUAUAUACGGAUAUAUCUGUGCUGCAUCUUUAGGAGCUGGACAUGUACCUUCAUCAUUGGACGGCUUCAUCUCUUAGGCGGGAUCCGUGCUGUGUCGGAGAACUAACUUAAUCACCUACUGACUUAGACUUUCUGUAGAAGUUGUACGUUAGAUGCGCUCAAUUUCGCGUCGUUGGACAAUUUUUUCCCCUCCCUCCAACCUGCUUGGUUACUAAUGUCAUAGCUGAAGCCUCUCUUGGGUAUGACUGUUUUGGGUCCUCAUUUCCUCAUAAUUUUUUUUCUCAUGUCCAUGGUCAAUGGACAUUAGUCAGUAAGAACGUACACAUUACCCUAAAUUCUGUGCCAGCUGAGCAUUUCAACAUGAAUGAUAUGCCUCUGACCAGUGCCUGAAAUGUAUGGUAAUCCUGCAAAGUACAUUCUUUUGAAUGGUUAAGUUGGAAUAUCAGAUACUUUCACUUCUUCUCUCUA